AUGACCGAAAAGACAGAUUCCUGCUUCACAAAAGGAGCAGAUGCAGUUCUAAAUAUUCCCCCCAACUCAUCAAUACCAAUUGCAUAUCACCCUCUCUUUGGUCCUCAUAAUGACCUUCUUCUCCUUGAGCUUGAUGAAAAGCUUCUCCCUGAUGUCAUCAACCAAAGAGUAAGUUUACGAGGACAAUCAGAUGAAGAUGCAGUUCUCUGCACACAGUCAAAAACUUAUGCUAUUAAGUUUGUUGGAACAUCAAAUUCUGUAUUCCUUGUUCCUCCUUCAGACCAAUUUUCAGUAAAUGAAGAAGAUGAAGAUCCAGAAAGCAAUGCAGCAUCUGUCCUUAAGGUAGCACCUGGAAUCAUGGAGCUUGUUGAAGUUGCUCCAAGAAUAGACAAACUUAAACUCCUCCUUUCAGAAAACCCAUAUAAAUUUGAUGAAGUCAAUGAGAUCUAUGAUUCUGGUUUAUACCAAUGGGAUGACUUAACUGAUAGGGUUCAAGCUAGUGAUGAAGAAUUAAGAUCCGCUCUUCGAGUUCUUUCAGCUGUAGAGAUUAAUGGGUAUUGGAGAAUUAUCGAUCAGAAAUACAUGGAUCGAAUCCUAAGCAUGCUUAUAAACAACUCAUUGUUAAACGAUUGGUCUUUGAAUGCUCUUAAUGAAGAUGAAGUUGUGGAAUCUUUAGUGAAAGAUGGAUUUUCAAGAGUGAUUGCACGCCAUUGUUUGGAGGUAUAUGGGAGUAAGACAAAUGGGGAAAGUGUUUGGGGAUUAGAUGAGAAACGGGUUUGUGUGCAUUUUGCUAGAGGGAUAUUAUCGUCAUUUGGAAAGAUGAAAAUGGAAAGUUUUAUGGAGGAAUGGGUAAAGAAAGUCCCUGGAGGAAUGGUGGUGAGUUUUGAGAUGUUGGAAGGGGAAGUUUUGGUGGAAAAACUUGGAAUUCAGAGUUGGAUUUAUGGGUUUAGUGUUUCUUCUUUGCCUUCAGAUCCUGCUAAUCGUUUUUCUAGGCUUUUUCAAGAAAGGUCUAAAUGGGAUUGGAAAGAUCUUCAUCCUUACAUCAGGGAUUUAAGUGUUCCAGGACUUACUUCAGAUGGUUUACUGCUCAAAUACACUAGAAGAACUCAGCCUACUGCAAAUUCUGAGCCUGUUUUCACUGCAAGAUGACUCAGUGAGUUAUGUUUUUAGUUACUGAAUUAGGGUUUUUACUUUUCAUUGACAAGAUCUUAUUUUCUUGUACCAAACAUAUAUUUAGUUUGACAUUUUGUUCAUAUAUAAUUUGUGUAUUUGAUUCAAAUUGUAGUAUAACUUGUAAUGUACUUUCAUUGGUUUGUUGUAGCAUCUUAUUUUCAUUUCUUCUUAUUAUUAUGUAGCAUUGUAUUUUGG